AUGACCAAAAUCAAGGUGCUAUCUGGUGAAGAGGAAGAGUUCGAUAGCGUUAAAAUACACAAGCUACUCGAGGAAGCCAGUUUUAAUUUGGGAGAUCUUGAUCUUGAUCAGCUUGUGGAAAGUGUGCAGCGCGGGUUGCCUUCAACUUUAACCAUAGAGGAAUUGUACACGUUUAUUGCUGAGGUGAUAGCAAGUAGAGUCAUUUAUCAUCCCAAUUAUGCAAUAUUGGCAGGAAGAAUAGAGACAAGAAAGCUAUAUUUAAAAGUACCCUAUAGUUUUAGUGAAAAUGUGGAAAGAUUACGAAAAUAUCGACCACGGGAAUCCAAAUCAUAUUCUCCAAUAUCGUCUGCUUUUUAUAAGGUGGUUAAGAAACAUGGUGAGUUUUUUGAUAAAGUCAUUGACAAAACUAGAGAUUCUAGCUUGACAUAUUUUGGGAUUAAAACAUUGGAAAGCUCAUACCUUUUAAAAAUGGGUGGUGAAGUUGCUGAAUUGCCCCAGUAUUUAUUCAUGCGUGUAGCCAUAGGAAUUCACCAGAACGAUUUGAAUGCCAUUGUGGAAACAUAUGACUUAAUGUCCCAGAAGUACUUUAUUCAUGCUCUGCCUACAUUAUAUAAUGCUGGUAGUGAAUUCAACUAUUUAUCAUCAUGUUUCCUAGUAGCCAUGAAAGAAGAUUCAAUCGAUGGGAUAUUCAAGACUCUUAAUGAGGCGGCUCUAAUUUCCAAGGCAUCAGGAGGAAUAGGUAUUCAUGUGCACAAUAUUAGAUCCAAUGGUGCGUAUAUUGCUGGCACCAAUGGUAGUUCAAACGGGUUAGUACCCAUGUUGCGUGUUUACAAUAAUACUGCAAGAUAUGUCGAUCAAGGUGGGGGUAAACGUCCAGGAGCAUUUGCCAUAUAUAUAGAACCAUGGCAUGGUGAUAUUUUUGAUAUCUUAGAAAUGAGAAAAAAUCACGGGAAUGAAGAAAUGAGAACUAGAGAUUUGUUUUAUGGAUUAUGGAUACCCGACUUGUUUAUGAAACGUGUGAAAGACAAUUCUGACUGGACUUUGUUUUCGCCCAAUGAAGCUCUUGGUCUAAGUGACGUGUAUGGUGAGGAAUUUGAAAAAUUAUAUUGCAAAUAUGAAUCAGAGGGUUUUGGAACAAAAGUUAGUGCACACAAAUUGUGGCUAGCCAUUUUGCAAUCUCAAACUGAAACAGGUGGUCCUUAUAUGCUAUACAAAGACGCCUGUAACACAAAAUCAAACCAAAAAAACAUCGGGACAAUAAAGUCUUCAAAUUUGUGUUGCGAAAUUGUUGAAUAUUCAUCACCAGAAGAAACUGCUGUGUGCAAUUUAGCGUCUCUUGCAUUGCCUACAUAUUUGAAAACCACAGAGGAUGCCAUUGCAUUUGAUUUUGAAAAAUUGCACUCUGUCACCAAAGUCUUGACAAGGAAUUUGAACAAAGUGAUUGAUGUAACAAAAUAUCCUGUUAAAACGGCAGAAUAUUCAAAUAAGAGACACCGUCCAAUUGCUUUGGGUGUACAAGGCUUGGCAGAUUUGUUUGCUGAGCUUCGAUUACCUUUUGAUUCUGCAAUGGCUAAAACAUUAAAUAUUCAGAUAUUUGAAACUAUAUACCAUGCUGCACUUGAGGCCUCAGUUGAAUUGGCAAUGAAAGAGGGCCCAUAUGAAACAUUCCAGGGCUCGCCGGCAUCAAAUGGGAUAUUACAGUUUGAUAUGUGGAAUCAUAAGCCUUCUCCAAUGUAUGAUUGGAAUGCUUUAAAGGACAACAUUCAAAAUUUUGGUUUAAGAAACUCAUUACUAGUAGCUCCGAUGCCGACGGCAUCAACUUCCCAAAUUCUUGGAUUCAAUGAAUGCUUUGAGCCUUAUACUUCAAACUUGUAUAAUCGUCGAGUGUUAGCGGGAGAAUAUCAAAUUGUCAACAAGUAUUUAAUUAAAGAUUUAAUGGAUCUUGGAAUUUGGGAUUCAGCUAUGAGAAAUAAGAUUAUUAUGGAAAAUGGAUCAAUUCAAAAAAUACCCAAUAUACCUGACGAAAUCAAACAAUUAUAUAAAACCGUGUGGGAAUUGUCACAAAAAGUGAUCAUUGAUAUGGCUGCAGAUAGAGGAAAAUUUGUUGAUCAACUGCAAAGUAUGAAUAUACACUUGCGUAAUCCUACAAUUGGCAAGUUAACUAGUUGUCACUUUUAUGCUUGGGAAAAGGGGUUGAAAACUGGUAUGUAUUAUCUACGAACACAAGCAGCUUCUAGAGCUAUACAAUUCACAGUCGAUGCCAGUGAAGCUGAAAAAGCUGGCAACAAGGUGCCCCAAAAAUCAUUGAAACGGAAAAAAUAUAUGGAACCCCAACCUCGGAAAAAAACUGCCUAUUCAACACCUGAUUCAGAAUUGUAUGAUAUUCACGAUUCAACUCCAAUUACUUGUAAUAUAGAAGAUUCAGAGAGCUGUCAAUCAUGCUCUGGCUAG